GUUCCCCGUUCCCUAUCCCGGUGGUCCCUCCGUUCUCCAUUCCAGUCAGCGCCGUUUAGGAACGAAGAGAGUUGGAGUGGGUCUUCGAGCCAAGUGGUGAGAUAGCAGCGCAUCUUCCUGAUCUGUUCCUUAUCGUGGCCGUCGGAUCAAAUCACGGGUUCUCCUGGCCGACCAAGCUUUGUCUCAAUCCAACGUUGCUAGCCCCAAUUCCUGGCUUCUCCCUCCAAAUCGAAGACAAAUUUUGAACAAGAAGUCAAAAUCUUCAACAACCCAGUGCAGAAGAAAAAUAGCAAACGGUGCAGUUGUAACUAUGUGUAACUAUAGGAAGAGGAGACUUCUGUUCUGGGUUCCUUUUGGUAUAAAUCGGCUGAGGUUUUUUUAGGGAGGAGAAAUAGGAGAGUCCUGUCUGCUUGCGGGCCAGCAGAGAGAGAAGCAAGAGUUUUCUGAGUUUGGUUAGUGGGAUUUCUUGGUAAUGGAGCAUACAGAACUCGAAUUUGAAGCUGAAGAAACAGAAUUUAAUCUGUAAUUCAACUCCCCGCGAGCAAUACAAAGAAGAUUUCUAUUCAGCCUAAGAUAGGUACCAGAAGAGUGCAUUUAGCUGAGUUGUAGACUCAAACUCAUGAUUUUUCACCAUAGAAGCAAGCGUCUGAGAAUGCACAGAAAAUGUUUGAGUAAAUUCCUGUGAGAACUGAGAAGCUAAAGCACUUACAAAAAGAGAAAACAAAAGAUGGUCCCAAAGUCACUACAAGCAUUGGGUAAAGGCGCUGCCUUCAUUUUAGGAGGAUUUAUCACUGUCAAUAUUGCUACCUCUGCUGCUGUUGCUGCAUUUCGCUCUAUUGUUGAAGAGAAACGGAAAAAGUUUGCAUUGCCAUGUGGGGUUUGUAAGGGGAAAGGGUUUUACAUAUGCAAGCUAUGCCAGGGUAAUGCCACUAUAAAGUGGUCACCUUUGUAUGAUCCCAUUCAUAUCAACCCUUGCGUUUGCCCUACAUGUGAAGGUAACAGGGUGCAGCACUGCCUGAACUGUCUUGGAAAGGGCUAUAAUUGACUUGUAAAGAGUUUCAGUACUGGUAUAGUGGUACUGGUAUAGUGGCACUAAAUGUUUCUACAUAUGCAUUUCAGUCUCUGAGUGAAUAAUUUUCUGAUAGAUGUCAUUCUACAUUGGUAAUCAGUAUAUAGAAACUGAGAAUGAAAUUAUGCUAAUGAUUAACAAUCGUUAUUAUUUGGUAAUCUUGUUGUGGUUCAUAAUUUUACUGAAGU